AUGAUGCAUUUAGCUCUAACACAUGAAGGUUGUGCACUAUCUCUUGGUUAUCAGAAGCUUACAGAACUCAGUUCCAGUGAAGCACUUCAGUUUUUCAAUUUGAAUGCCUUUAACAAAAGUGAUCUUCACAAGGAGUACAAUGAGCUAUCAAAAAAGGUGGUCAAUUAUUCCAAAGGUGUUCCAUUAGUACUUAAAGUUUUAGCUCGUCUUCUUUGUGGAAAAAAUAAGGAAGUAUGGGAAAGUGAAUUAUCCAAACUUGAAAAAAUUCCUCCUACGAAAGUUUACGACAAAAUGAAACUCAGUUUUGAUGAUCUAGAUCGCAAAGAGAAACAAAUUUUUCUAGAUCUUGCAUGUUUCUUUCUCAAAUUGUCUACAAAGAUAAAUGUAGAUAAUCUAAAAUCUUUACUAAAAGAUGAUAAAAGUGAUAAUUCAGUGAUUUUUGGGCUAGAAAGGUUGAAAGACAAAGCUCUUAUAUCUUUUUCAGAGGAUAAUAUUGUGUCUAUGCAUGAUAGUUUACAAGAAAUGGCAUGUGAGAUUGUUCGUCAAGAGUCUAUUGAAGACUCUGGAAGCCGCAGCCGAUUAUGGGAUCCCAAUGACAUUUAUGAAGUACUGAAAAAUGACAAGGUUACUGAGGCCAUUAGAAGCAUACGAAUUCAGUUGACAACAAUUAGGGGACUAAAGUUAAGGCCUCACAUAUUUGCUAAGAUGAGCAAACUGAAAUUUCUGGAAAUUUCAAGGGAAGAUGCAUAUUAUGGUUUCGAAAAUCAACUUGGUGAAGGACCUCUAUUUUUGGCAACUGAAUUAAGAUUUCUUUCUUGGGAUUGUUACCCUCUAAAAUCCUUGCCACAAAACUUUUCUGCCGAAAAACUAGUAAUAUUGAAAUUACAACUGAGCAAACUGGAAAAACUUUGGGAUGGAGUGAAGAACCUGGUGAGUUUAAAAGGUGUUUACCUCGAUGGAUCUUCUGAGUUAAAGGAGCUGCCAGAUUUAUCUAAAGCUAUAAAUCUUGAAGUAUUGGAUCUCUCUAGUUGUGAAAGUUUGACUACUGUGCAUCCAUCUAUUUUCUCUCUAGCCAAACUUGAGAUAUUGAAUCUUAGUAACUUUAAUUUGGAAAUUAAAUAUAUUGUAAUUCCUUGUUUAUUUCUGUGUGUAUUUUGUUUUUGUUUGUCUCGGUUAUUUCGAAAACUGAAGGGUCUAGAGGAAAAACCCAUGUCUUCAGAAAACAACACUCCUCAAGUAAAGUAUGAUGUUUUUGUUAGAUUUAGGGGUCCAGAUAUUCGUCGCGGGUUUCUUAGCCAUUUGAGUGACACUUUUCAAAGGAAGAAAAUAAACGCCUUUGUAGAUGAUAAAAAUCUUAAGAAGGGACAAGAAAUAUGGCCAUCACUUGUUGCAGCAAUUGAAGGAUCAGCCAUUUCAUUGAUCAUAUUCUCACCAGAUUAUGCUUCUUCUCGUUGGUGUUUAGAAGAACUCGUGAAAAUACUUGAAUGCAAAGAGAAAUACGAAAGAAGUGUAAUCCCUGUUUUCUACGAUGUAGAACCUACAGAUGUAAGACACCAAUCAGGGAGUUACAAAAAUGCAUUUGCUAAGCAUGAAAGUAAGCAUAAUACCAAGGUACAACUCUGGAGGUGUGCUUUGAAUAAGUCUGCUGAUUUAUCUGGAAUUGAGUCAUCAAAAUUUCUAAAUGAUGCUGAGCUGGUUAAAGAAAUAUGCAAUCUUGUGUUGAAGAGGUUGGUUAAACCCCCUGUUAAUUCAAAAGGACUUGUUGGAAUUGACGAAAGAAUUGCUACUACAGAAUCAUGGAUAAGAAAAGAGUUGAAAAACAUUUGUCUUAUUGGAAUUUGGGGUAUGGGCGGUAUCGGAAAAACAACCCUUGCAGAAGAAGUAUUUAAUAAAUUACAGUCUGAAUAUGAAGGUUGUUAUUUUUUGGCCCAUGAAAGAGAAGAAUCAAACAAACAAGGAAUAAUUUGUUUGAAAGAAAAAUUAUUUUCUGGACUAUUAGGAUAUGAUUUGAAAAUUCACACACCAAAUUCAUUGCCAGAAGAUAUUGUUGGGAGAAUUUGUUGUAUGAAGGUUUUUAUUGUUCUCGAUGAUCAGAAUGAUUUGGAUCACCUACAAAAUUUACUCGGAACUCUUGAUAAUUAUGGAUCAGGUAGCAGAAUAAUUGUAACUACAAGAGAUGAGCAAGUGCUUAAUGCUAACAAAGCUGAUGAGAUAUAUAGGCUUACAGAACUCAGUUCCAGUGAAGCACUUCAGUUUUUCAAUUUGAAUGCCUUUAACAAAAGUGAUCUUCACAAGGAGUACAAUGAGCUAUCAAAAAAGGUGGUCAAUUAUUCCAAAGGUGUUCCAUUAGUACUUAAAGUUUUAGCUCGUCUUCUUUGUGGAAAAAAUAAGGAAGUAUGGGAAAGUGAAUUAUCCAAACUUGAAAAAAUUCCUCCUACGAAAGUUUACGACAAAAUGAAACUCAGUUUUGAUGAUCUAGAUCGCAAAGAGAAACAAAUUUUUCUAGAUCUUGCAUGUUUCUUUCUCAAAUUGUCUACAAAGAUAAAUGUAGAUAAUCUAAAAUCUUUACUAAAAGAUGAUAAAAGUGAUAAUUCAGUGAUUUUUGGGCUAGAAAGGUUGAAAGACAAAGCUCUUAUAUCUUUUUCAGAGGAUAAUAUUGUGUCUAUGCAUGAUAGUUUACAAGAAAUGGCAUGUGAGAUUGUUCGUCAAGAGUCUAUUGAAGACUCUGGAAGCCGCAGCCGAUUAUGGGAUCCCAAUGACAUUUAUGAAGUACUGAAAAAUGACAAGGUUACUGAGGCCAUUAGAAGCAUACGAAUUCAGUUGACAACAAUUAGGGGACUAAAGUUAAGGCCUCACAUAUUUGCUAAGAUGAGCAAACUGAAAUUUCUGGAAAUUUCAAGGGAAGAUGCAUAUUAUGGUUUCGAAAAUCAACUUGGUGAAGGACCUCUAUUUUUGGCAACUGAAUUAAGAUUUCUUUCUUGGGAUUGUUACCCUCUAAAAUCCUUGCCACAAAACUUUUCUGCCGAAAAACUAGUAAUAUUGAAAUUACAACUGAGCAAACUGGAAAAACUUUGGGAUGGAGUGAAGAACCUGGUGAGUUUAAAAGGUGUUUACCUCGAUGGAUCUUCUGAGUUAAAGGAGCUGCCAGAUUUAUCUAAAGCUAUAAAUCUUGAAGUAUUGGAUCUCUCUAGUUGUGAAAGUUUGACUACUGUUAACUGUAUAUCCCUUACCAUACUUUCAAGUGAUUCCCAUAUGCAUAGCCUCAAUUAUCUCAUCCUUGAUUAUUGUAAGAGUCUUACUGAAUUCUCAAUUAUAUCAAAAAAUAUGGAAGAAUUGGACUUAUCAUGGACAGAGAAAAUGAAAGCACUUCCCUCGUCAUUUGGACAUCAAAGAAAGCUUAAAUCACUAGAUCUAACAGGAAGUGGCAUUCAGAGGUUACCUUCAUCCAUCAACAAUCUUACGCAACUGCUACAUCUAAACCUAAGCUAUUGCCGUGAGCUUGAAACAAUACCAGAGCUUCCCCUAUCCUUGAAUUGCACAUAA